UUUUCUGGGAUUUGUUUCCCGAGAAAAUUUUCCAAUCUAUUUUCCGGUCUGAUCAGAUCACUGAGACUGUUUUCUCUUCGAGAAUGAGAGAAAUGAAGCUUCCGUUCGCGUUGCUACUUCUCGUAACUUUCGGUUCGUUUCAGAAACUUUGCGUCUGCGACGAUCAAACGGUCUUCUACGAACCGUUCGAUGAGUCGUUUGAUGGUCGCUGGGUCGUUUCGGAGAAAGGGGAGUACCAAGGUGUCUGGAAGCAUGCGAAGAGCGAGGGACAUGAUGAUUAUGGGCUUCUUGUGAGUGAGAAGGCCAGGAAGUACGGAAUCGUCAAAGAGCUGGACGAGCCACUAAACCUCAAGGACACAACUAUUGUUCUUCAGUACGAGGCUCGUUUCCAGGAAGGCCUCGAGUGCGGUGGCGCAUACUUGAAAUAUCUCCGUCCUCAGGAAGCUGGAUGGAUGCCUCAGGAGUUCGACAAUGAAUCUCCGUAUUCCAUCAUGUUCGGACCCGACAAGUGUGGGGUUACAAACAAGGUGCAUUUCAUCCUGAAGCACAAGAACCCCAAGAGCGGCAAGUAUUUGGAGCACCAUCUUAAGUUCCCUCCUUCUGUCCCAUUCGACAAGCUCUCCCAUGUCUACACCGCCGUUUUGACAACUGACAAUGAGGUCAGGAUUUUGGUCGAUGGAGAGGAGAAGAAAAAGGGAAACUUGCUGUCUGCUGAAGACUUUGACCCACCUUUGAUCCCUCUGAAAACUAUCCCUGACCCGGAAGACAAGAAACCAGAAGACUGGGAUGAGAGGGCCAAGAUCCCUGAUCCUAAUGCUGUGAAGCCUGAUGAUUGGGAUGAGGAUGCUGCCAUGGAUAUCGAAGAUGAGGAAGCUGAGAAACCCGAGGGAUGGCUGGAUGAUGAGCCCGAAGAGAUUGAUGACCCCGAGGCAGCUAAGCCCGAAGACUGGGAUGACGAGGAAGACGGUGAAUGGGAAGCUCCUAAGAUCACUAACCCCAAGUGUGAGACAGCUCCAGGUUGUGGUCAAUGGAACAGACCGAUGAAGAGGAACCCGGCAUACAAGGGCAAGUGGAGUGCACCUCUUGUCGAUAACCCGGCCUACAAGGGAAUCUGGAAACCAAGAGAGAUUCCAAACCCUGACUACUUUGAGCUCGACAGGCCGGACUUCGAGCAGAUUGCAGCCAUUGGUAUAGAGAUCUGGACGAUGCAAGAUGGUAUCCUGUUCGACAACCUCUUGAUCGCCAAAGACGAGAAGGUCGCCGAGACAUACAGACAGACCACUUGGAAACCCAAGUUCGAUGUCGAGAAAGAGAUGCAAAAGGGCGACGACGAGGCUGCUACCGGAUCCAAUGUUCUCAAGAGCUACCAAAAGGGGCUGUUCGACCUCUUGUACAAGGUUGCGGACAUUCGUUACCUAAGUGCACACAAGGACAAGAUCAUUGAACUCAUCGAGAAAGCAGAGCAGCAGCCAAACAUAACUGUUAGCGUCCUCAUCUCCGUCGUGGUCGUGAUCCUCUCACUAUUCUUUAAGCUCAUCUUUGGAGGUAAAAAGGUGAAGGUGGAAACGAAGAAACGGGAAGCAGCAGAAGCUUCAAAGGAGGAGGAGGAGAAGCAGAAGGAAGAAGCUCCCACAAGGAAGAGGCAGCCGAGACGUGAGGGCUAAUGAACAUUUUCAUAUUCGAAAGGUUGGGCCUUUUAAGGCAUUAGAUAUCUUACAGAAUGCCAUGAAUUUUUGUAUUCAUCGAUAUUAGAUUUGUACAAAAACAAAGUCACUGUCGAUUAGAAGAGCAAAAACAUAUUGUUGGUCUUUUUUAUUGCAAUCAUCAUCAAAUCGCCAUUUGGAGAAAUGGCUUAUCAUGGACUUUUUUUUU